CUUCAAAGCGAGGGCGAAGACGGAAAUGACUUUUCGGUCUAGUGGAUCUCCCGGGAUCUCUUUCCUGUUAGCCUUGGGUGUCCGCGUGAGAAUUGGAUAUUUCCUGAAGCUGGGGCUGGGAGGUGCUAGUCUGCCGCGCCUGAUUCGAGACGUGUCCGGGUUGGGAGACUAGGAUGUCGGACACGUGGAGCUCUAUCCAGGCCCACAAAAAGCAGCUGGACUCGCUGCGGGAGAGGCUGCAGCGGAGGCGGAAGCAGGACUCGGGGCACUUGGAUCUACGGAAUCCAGAGGCUGCACUGUCUCCAACCUUCCGUAGUGAUAGCCCAGUGCCUACUGCACCCACUUCUGGUGGCCCUAAGCCCAGCACAGCUUCAGCAGCUCCUGAACUAGCUACAGACCCCGAAUUAGAGAAGAAGUUGCUACACCACCUCUCUGAUCUGGCCCUAACAUUGCCCACUGAUGCUGUGUCCAUCCGUCUUGCCAUUUCCACGCCAGAUGCCCCUGCCACUCAAGAUGGGGUGGAAAGCCUCCUACAGAAGUUUGCAGCUCAGGAGUUGAUUGAGGUAAAGAGAAGUCUCCUACAAGAUGACGCACAUCCCACUCUUGUAACCUAUGCUGAUCAUUCCAAGCUCUCUGCCAUGAUGGGUGCUGUGGCAGAAAAGAAGGGCCCCGGUGAAGUAGCAGGGACUAUCACAGGGCAGAAGCGGCGUGCAGAACAGGACUCAACCACAGUAGCUGCUUUUGCUAGCUCUUUGGCCUCUGGUCUGGCCUCUUCAGCAUCAGAACCAGUCAAAGAACCAACCAAGAAAUCAAGGAAACAUGCUGCCUCAGAUGUUGAUCUGGAGAUAGAGAGCCUUCUGAACCAACAGUCUACCAAGGAACAGCAGAGCAAGAAGGUCAGUCAGGAGAUCCUAGAACUAUUAAAUACUACAACAGCCAAGGAACAAUCCAUUGUUGAAAAAUUUCGCUCACGAGGUCGGGCCCAAGUGCAAGAAUUCUGUGACUAUGGAACCAAAGAGGAGUGCAUGAAAGCCAGUGAUGCUGAUCGGCCCUGUCGCAAGCUGCACUUCAGACGAAUCAUCAAUAAACAUACUGAUGAAUCAUUAGGUGACUGCUCUUUCCUUAACACAUGUUUCCACAUGGAUACCUGCAAAUAUGUUCACUAUGAAAUUGAUGCUUGCAUGGAUUCUGAGGCUCCUGGGAGCAAAGACCACACACCGAGCCAGGAGCUUGCUCUUACACAGAGUGUUGGAGGUGACUCCAAUGCAGAUCGACUCUUCCCACCUCAGUGGAUCUGUUGUGAUAUCCGCUACCUGGACGUCAGUAUCUUGGGAAAGUUUGCAGUUGUGAUGGCUGACCCACCUUGGGAUAUUCACAUGGAGCUGCCCUAUGGGACCCUGACAGAUGAUGAGAUGCGCAGGCUCAACAUACCAGUACUGCAGGAUGAUGGCUUUCUCUUCCUCUGGGUCACAGGCAGGGCCAUGGAGUUGGGCAGAGAAUGUCUGAACCUCUGGGGUUAUGAACGGGUAGAUGAAAUUAUCUGGGUGAAGACAAAUCAGCUGCAGCGCAUCAUUCGGACAGGACGUACAGGUCACUGGUUGAACCAUGGGAAGGAGCACUGCUUGGUUGGUGUCAAAGGAAAUCCCCAAGGCUUCAACCAGGGUCUGGAUUGUGAUGUGAUCGUAGCUGAGGUUCGUUCCACUAGUCAUAAACCAGAUGAAAUCUAUGGCAUGAUUGAGAGACUAUCCCCUGGCACUCGCAAGAUUGAGUUAUUUGGACGACCUCACAAUGUGCAACCCAACUGGAUCACCCUUGGAAACCAACUGGAUGGGAUCCACCUACUAGACCCAGAUGUGGUUGCCCGGUUCAAGCAAAGGUAUCCAGAUGGUAUCAUCUCUAAACCCAAGAAUCUAUAGAAGCACUUCAUCACAGAGCUAAGCAUCCAGAGCCAUGGCUUUGCAGGCUGCACCUGAAAAGUAAUAUUUGUACAAUAGCUUUUUUCCUUAUUUAAAUAAAAGUUUGUAUUGUA